AUGGCUUCUGCCAACAACCGCCUGCGCGCCGCACGUGCGUACGAGGAGGCUCAUGUGGUGAGCUUCGUGGAAAGCUGUGUGAAGUACCGCUCGAACGUUACUUUCUGCGGCUUCUCCUCGCCAAACGAAGGGGCCAAACCAGUGGACACCACGGUGCUGCUACUGGGCAGUGAGACCAGCCUCGCCCAGACGGAGGAGGUCGCUGCGGUGUUUCCGUACAUGCAGAAAGGGGAACUGGAGGUGGCCGUCAAGACUGCGCCCAUCGACUCCGUCUAUGUCGCCCAGAUCACGGAGGGUGUGCGCGUGCUCAUUGGGAAGGUUCAGGCGACCGCAUCGCGACAUAAUUGCCCGGCCCGCCCCGACAUCAUUCACGAGAUCAUCAAGGCGGCGGUCAAGCAGACCUUCUCGAAGGGUGGGCUUGAUGUGUACUACGUUGGACCAGCAGACUCGGCCCUUUGUAUCGCGUCGGUGGUCGCACGCGCGAGCAACCGCUCCUUCUCCGCUAAGUGCGGCAACGCGGAGCGGGGGUACUUAAAUGCGGGGAUGCCGGUGCGAGUGCAUCUGAAUUCCACAAAGUGGCCCUACGCCGCAUUGGAGAUCGCGGCGGCGAGCGUUCAGCUUUGCCAGCGCCUCACCGAUGCACCGACUAACCUACUGGAUACCCUUUCAUUUUCCGAAAUCGCAGUGAGCUGCGUAGAGAGGUUGAAGAUAGACGGUCACGACGUUGCCGCAGACAUUAUUAUGGGUGAAGAGCUCAGAGAAAAGGGCUACGGAGGCCUUUACGGAACCGGCAAGGCUGCCGAGUUCCCUCCAGUGUUGGUAACUCUCUCCUACAAACCGAGGGCUGGUAUAAGUCCCAAGGAUAGGAUCGCCUUCGUGGGUAAGGGUAUCGUGUACGAUACGGGUGGUUUGUCUAUCAAGCCUCGGGAUGGUAUGGUCAGCAUGAAGCACGAUAUGGGCGGGGCUGCCGCUAUUUUUGCCGCCUUUUUAGCGAUGGUAAAGCUCGAGAUGCCGCUGGAGAUCUCCUGUAUCAUGUGCCUGGCCGAUAAUGCCAUAGGCCCCUGUUCGCAGCGCAACGACGACAUCGUUCGCAUGAAGUCAGGCCUUACGGUUGAGAUCAACAACACAGAUGCUGAGGGCCGCCUGGUGUUAUCCGAUGGUAUCUACCACGCCAGUGCGGAACUCCCAUUCACGCCGAGUAUCAUUGUAGACAUGGCGACAUUGACUGGUGCCCAAGGUGUGGCGACGGGGAUUUACCACGCAGCGAUUUACGCCAACACGGACGCCAGUGAACGGCGCUUUGUGGAGGGGGGCAGGCGGUGUGGGGAUCUGUGCUUUCCGGUGGUGUACUGCCCGGAGCUUCACAACUGCGAAUACAAAAGUAAGGUUGCGGAUUACCGUAAUAGUGUCGCCAGGCGUUCCAAUGCGCAGGUCAGUUGCGCUGCACAGUUUAUAGGAAAUAACCUGGCAAGUGAAUAUAAAGGGGAGUGGGUGCACGUGGACCUUGCGUCACCGGCCACAUAUGACGAGGCCACAGGGUACGGAGUUGCACUACUGUUGCAGGUAUUUGGUGCUGAAUGA